UCAUAAAUACCCCAUUACAUCUCACUUCCUCUCCAAACUUCCCUUGAACAAAAAACUCCUUCUUCUUUCUUUUUUUCUCUUUUUUUCCUUACACAUAAAAACACUACAGAUACACUUAGUUAUUCACCAUCUUCUCUUCUUAGUUUUCUGCACCCACAUCUCUUAGAUUAUUAACCAUGGUGGUGGUGGUGGCACCUCCAAACCCAAUUCGCAACGAAAAGAUCCAGGCCGUUGAUCUCCCCAUCAUAGACCUCUCAGCCGAGAGGUUUCAAGUGAGAAAACUCAUUGUCAAAGCUUGUGAGGACUAUGGUUUCUUCAAGGUCAUCAACCACGGCGUCCCAAAAGAUAUUAUAUCCACAGUGGAGGAGCAAAGCCUCAGCUUCUUUGCCAAACCAGUGUCCGAGAAGCAAAGAGCAGGACCUUCCGAUCCCUUUGGCUAUGGCUGUAAGAACAUAGGCUUCAGUGGUGAUAUGGGAGAGGUUGAGUACCUUAUUUUCGACACAAACCCAAUUUCUAUAGCUCAAAGAUCCAAAUCUAUCUCAAAUGAGCCUACAAAAUUCAGUUCUGCAGUGAGUGGAUACAUUGCAGCAGCAAGGGAUUUGGCAUGUGAGCUUUUGGAUCUGAUUGGUGAGGGACUGUGGGUCCCUGACACAUCAGUAUUCAGUAGGCUGAUCAGGGGUGUCGACAGUGACUCCGUCUUCAGGCUCAAUCACUACCCGCAUCUGCAAAACAAGCAGGACUUCUGCAAGGAUAAGGACACGUCAUCCUCCUCCUUCAGCAGUGACAUCAGCAAGGUAGGGUUUGGGGAGCAUUCUGACCCUCAGAUCCUCACCCUCCUCAGAUCCAACGACGUGGGCGGCCUCCAAAUCUCUCCACAAGAUGGGGUUUGGGUCCCUGUGCCCUCUGACCCCACGGCCCUUUGGGUUAAUGUGGGUGACGUGUUGCAGGCCAUGACAAAUGGAAGAUUUGUGAGCGUUAGACAUAGAGCCUUAGCCAAUUCAUCGAAGUCUAGAUUGUCAAUGGCGUAUUUUGCAGCUCCCUCCCUAAACGCAUGUUUGAGUGCUCUUCCAGAAAUGGUCACACCGGAGAAGCCUCGGCUCUACAAACCCUUCACUUGGGCUGAGUACAAGAAAACCACGUUCUCUCUAAGCCUCGGCGAAAACCGUCUUAAUCUUUUCAGAAUUUCUUCAAAUGAUGAAUGCUUCAUGGAUUAAGGAGCAGCAAUGAAAAGUUACAGAAAAAAAAAAAAAAAACAUAGGAUAGUGAAAAUUCUGAAGUUAAGCAGCUUAUUCCACUCAAGAACUUUUUCCUUUCUUUCUUUCUUGUUUUUCAUGAAUGCAGUUUUUCUUACUCAUAGUGAAAGUCGUAGACUUUGUACCUAUAAACGGGGGAAAUGUUUAGUACUUAAUUAGGUCAUUAAUGAAAAGAAAAAUUAUGCUCAAUAAAUUUACAGGCUUUAUUUAUUUA